GAGUGACGCGUCAUCAACACCCGCCGCCCGCCUUUUUCUGUUGGAGCUAACCGGAAGAAAACAAAGCAGUGAUUAACGUAGUAUUUACUGCGGCAGCUGGCGGAUUUUAACCUUUUCCUCGGGGUUUCAUGAGCCCGUAGCCGUGUGUGCUGUUCGGUGGAGCACCGCAGGGAGCGGUGGGGUUGAUAAAAGCGGUAAAACCUUCCGUGAUGAAAGUGAGACAGACCGUGAGGAUGGACUCCAGCACUGCUAGCAGCAUGGUGGCCCACCGAUCUGCAGGGAAGGAAAGCUCCAGCUCUGAUGAAGAGGAGUUCGUCCCGCUGUCGAAGCUCCUCAUGAGGCCGCAGAGCGACGACAAGAAGUCAUGUGACAACGCCCAAGGCAACGCCAACUCAAAGAAGAGCGGAGCUUCGGAUAAUUCAUCAGACGACGAGCCGCCAAAAAAACCAGCAGCGACAGAGAAAAAGGAAACUUCUCCUGCCAAAUCUGACGCCUCAGAGGCCAGACACUCCGAUUCCAACGCAGCUGACGACUCCGAUAACGAGCCUCAGGUGAAAACAUCCAAACCUUCAGCCAGAUCAGCGAAGAGGAAACCAGCAGGCAGGAAGAAGAAAGCUUCAGAUGAUUCCUCGGAUGUCGAGUCGCUACAAGAGAAGAAGAAACCAGCAGCAAAAGACAAAACGGAUUCUUCUCCUCCCAAAUCUGACGCCUCAGAGGACAGGAAGUCGGCUGACGACUCCGAUAACGAGCCGCUGGUGAAAACAUCCAGACCUUCAGCCAGAUCAGCGAAGAAGAAACCAGCAGUCAGGAAGAAGAAAGCUUCAGAUGACUCCUCGGACAACGAGUUGCUAAAAGAGAAGAGGAAACCAGCAGGCAGGAAGAAGAAAGCUUCAGACGACUCCGACGAUGACGAGCCGCUGACCAAGAAGAAGAAACCAGCAGCAAAAGACAAAAAGGAAACUUCUCCUCCCAAGUCCGACGAGUCAGAGGACAGAAACUCUGAUUCAAAUGCAGAUGAUGACUCUGACUACGAGCCUCAGGUGAAAACAUCUAAACCUUCACCCAGAGCAGGGAAGAAGAAGAAAACCCCAGGAAGGAAGAAGAAACCAGCGGGCAGGAAGAAGAAAGCUUCAGAUGAUUCCUCAGAUGACGAGUCGCUACAAGAGAAGAAACCAGCAGCAAAAGACAAAACGGAUUCUUCUCCUCCCAAAUCUGACGCCUCAGAGGACAGGAAGUCGGCUGACGACUCCGAUAACGAGCCGCUGGUGAAAACAUCCAGACCUUCAGCCAGAUCAGCGAAGAAGAAACCAGCAGGCAGGAAGAAGAAAGCUCCAGACGACUCCGACGACGACGAGCCGCUGACCAAGAAGAAGAAACCAGCAGCGAAAGACAAAAAGGAAACUUCUCCUCCCAAGUCCGACGAGUCAGAGGACAGAAACUCUGAUUCAAACGCAGCUGGCGACUCUGACUACGAUCAUCAGGUGAAAACAUCCAAACCUCCAGCCAGAUCAGCGAAGAAGAAGCAAACCCCUGGAAGGAAGAACAAACCAGCGGGCAGGAAGAAGAAAGCGCCGUCAGAGCGCGACGAAAGCUCCGACGACGAGCCGUUAAGCAAAGUUGCUCAGAAACUUCCUGCGAAGAGGAAGAGGAAACCCGUCCAGCUGUUCUCUAAAUCCUCUCCGGUUGUGAAAUCCAAGAGGAACGCCUCCAGGAAGAGCGUGAACUACGCUGAGACGUCGAGUGAGCACAGCUCUGAUGACGAGCGGCUGCUUGUGACGAAGACGACGACAAACGAUUCAUCCAGGAGAGCGACGGCUUCCCAACGAAAAUCCCUAAAAGACGCUUCGUCUUCCGACGACGACGGCUCUCCCCAACGGAAACCGGGUCGGAAAUCCACGAAGAGCAAGAGGCUGCGAGGAAGACCGACGAAGAAGGCCUCAGGAAACUGGGAUGAUGACGACAGCUCAGAUGACGAAGCUGCGGCGAAUCGCUCCAACCGGAGAACAAAGAGCAGAACAAAAGCUUCGACCGGGAAACGGAGGAAUCAGAAGCAGAAAACAUGGAAAGACGUACCGAGCAGCAUUACAGACGAGGAGGCUGCCAUCCGAACAGCCAAACACACAGAAGUGACCAGAAAGGUGAAAGUCGCUCUGCAGAGGUGUGACGGCGAAGACAAAGAGUCCGCUGCAGCCGCCGCCACUAAACCCACAACAGAAGAAGAAGAGACCGAAGAAAAGUCGACAGCAGAAAACCCAGAAAAAUCCUCUGAGGAGGAAUAAGAGACAAAACUUUCCUUGAAAACUAGUUAGUCCUGAAUUCAUCUGUAGGCUUUUAUACAUUUUGUUUCACGUUUUUUAGGUUGGGGAUCAACUUUUCCAGGUUCCUGAAAUGAAUUUUGUUUUCUCAUUUGUGGCUGUUUGCCUGAAGUUCUUCUUCUGGUUUUUAGAAAAUGUUUUUAACCGUGUUGUGAGUCGUCGUCCACUCUGCAUGCAGGUACACACACCUAGUUUUAGGAUUUUCAUUUUAUAUCAGUAGAAAAUUAGGUGGAAUCCCUCUUUUAGUGUCAUAAUAAAAUUAUUUAACCACCUCCUAUGAAAAAUGAUUCCCAAAAUAUUUCAAGUUUAGGGAAGGAAAUUGGAUUUCUAAAACUUUUUUUUAUACUUUAAAAGAUCUCUGGCAGUGUGAGUUAUUGAAUUAUGUGAUGUUUUGGGCGUAAAUGAGUUAAAAAUGGGUUUUCUCUCUUUUUUGGAGGAGAAAUGAUGGCAUUGUUGGAAAUUAUAACUUUGUUUUUAUUUUGUUUUUCACAAUAAUCUUCUGAGGUAUGCUAUAAUAUUUGUCCCGUUUAAGAAAGAUGUUUCAUGUUUAAAAUAUACCUAGUGGUGUGUUCCUUGAUGUUCAAAUGUGCAGGUUUUAUGUAUGUUAAUAUUAAAAUUUGCUACAUUAUUUGAAAA